AUGCUGAAUUAUGUAGUACGUCAUCGGAGCACCAUAAAGAACUUUGGCAUUCACAUCGCAAGGGUUGUCGGUAUUUGGACAAGAGCUCUUCGCAAGACCCUGACUCAUCGAGAACCUAAUCCUCCGUCAGGUGCAUUGCUCAAUAUACCCGAUCAAUAUGAAAUUUAUGGCGUGCCAUCGAGCUGGAAGUUGGAAUUUUCUCGACCGACGGAUUCGAUAAAUGAUGUGACCGUGAUGCUAGAAGUGAUGAUUUCAAUAUACUAUCCUCCCACUCCUCGUAAGAUGAAACGCGAACUAAACAACACAACUACUGCAACCAUCCUGUUUACAAACUUGCUGUUUUUACUAGCUAUCACCCAUAUUGUUCUCAACAAUAGCAAAUGCAAAGUAGAUAGCCGUCUUCCGGCCGACAUAAUUAAUAUGAGCCGAUGCGAGCGUAUGGUUGAUCGUUUCAUGCUAUUGCAUUAUAGGAGAGCAGUGGUUCUUAAACACUUUUAUUACCACGUCUUCUUUUCGCUGGCCCUCGCCUCUGCUCCGACGCCUCCUCGCGCCUUCUACCAAGUGAUUAAUAGCUCGUGUGCUCUCUCCGCUUCCAAGGAACUUCCGUCCUCAGGUUUGAAAAUCACUGCAGCAGAAGAUAUAGCUUUCGUAUAUUCAAUUAUAUCUUUUAGGUGUUCUAGUAAAACGAAUGCACCAGAGACAUGCGCGCAAAGCAUGAGCCUCUCUGAAAGGCACGACCCAUGGACGACCUUCUUCUACAACACCCGCGACGCCAACGAAGAGGCAGUCGGCCAGUGGAAGAAGACGCUCCGGCACCGCGACCAGCCGAUCACUAUUGUAGGAGAGGAUGAGAGUUCCUACGCGGACGACACCCGAGAUGGACGCUGGAGGAGUCGCGAGCGUGUGCCGUCGGGCUCGAGGACGGGCCGGGACGCCUCCACCAAAGAGUAUUGGAAACGCGUCAGAUCGCUGUCCAGGGAGAACAAGCAGCGCCAAGAGGCUCGAGAGCGGCAUGCGAGAAGGCUUGAACUUGAGGAGCGCCGAAGGAGGGAGCAGAUCCUUGCAGAGAGGAAGAAGGAACGGGAUACCCUGAUGAUGAAGUUCCUGCGCGAGCCCAUCCGCCAGCGACGCGCAGCUCAGGCCGCCGAGAAGGCUGCCUCCAAGCGGGUCGAGCAGGAGGGCGACCAGGACAACGACGGAGGAGAAACGUCCGUGGCUAGCAGUGAAGGAAGGAUACACAGCAGUCAGUCUGUUCCCGAUCUGGAGGAGGCUCUAAGAAUUGUCCGAGGGGAAGAUCAGGCCCUGGAUGCCAGAGCUCAAGCUUUCCUGAGUCCUACCAAAAGACGGCGCCCAGUGAAGGAGGACGAGUCCCUUUGCAACAGGUACCUGCGCACUCAAACCCGUCCCUCCCGAGGCUCCCCAGGUCCUCCGCGUCGGCCCCCUGCGCCUCCAACCCGCCCUUUUCCUCCAGGUAGCACUGACGAUGUCAUCCGCGAGAAUCAGAAGCCCUAUCCUACUCGUCCGCCAGAGGAGCUCCUAGCCCGAACCCGGCAGCUGAGAGGGAAAGCGGCCAGGGAUGAGAAUGACAGCCUCAAGUUGGGCACAACCAAAGUUCUCAGUGACACCUUCUGUGUUGCCUCCGAAGGUCGGAGCGCGGAGAUGCUCCUGACGGAAUACAGACCUCCAGCUGACAGCCACAUUAUGGUGCUUCCGCGUCCAAGGUUAGAGCGACGUAGUUCCAUGCCGGAUUUGAGGGAUUUUCGUUGUGUUAGUUCCGCUGUUGUUUACGAGACAAUUGCCACAUUAGGUCGUCUAGGGGAGGCACGGGGAUUGCUUGUGGUGCCGCCGAGGGAAAAUGGCCCAAGCACCAUUUCCCAAGUCGCUGUCCCAACACCAGAUAUUAUGCUGGAAAAACAGAACAACGAUAAAGCACAGACAACCCCGCAACAAUGGGCUCGAAAGAUGAAUAAGUUUAUCCAUGAGGAAACCCAGGCAGUGUUACAAGCCAGCCCUCUUCUCGAAGGCCUCUCACCAAGUGGUCAAAGUGGAGCAACAAAGGGCAGGCGGACACAACGAAAAGAAUGGAUAUCUAAGCAUACCUCUGUCAAAACUUUACAGAAGAAAAUUUUACCGAAGUCAGUGACAGAUUCUUCUUCUCAGACAGAUACCAUCAGACCUAUUUCCGCUGUACACCAUCGCCGUAACUCUAUUGGCAGCGAAGGUGCUGAAUCAGUGUAUUAUGAUAGCUUGGAGGAGGAGGACAGCAGAAGUGCUAGUUACAAGGCUGGCCAUCAAGCAUUUUAUGUGCCAAUAACUAGUGAAGCAGAAGUGGCCAUCAACGCUGGACCCACACUGCCUGCCAGACUGUCAGCCCGGUUGGAGGAGAGGCGAGCGUCCACUAGACGCCAUUCGAGGUCCGGUUCCCUUGGGGUCAGCAGCCUCGCCCUCACUGGCAAGCGAGUCCAUCUCAUAGAUGAAGCAAAGAUGGCUCAAAUGAUUGCAAGUGGGGAGGAUACUAACGGAUUUGAAGUACCUGAAAGUUUGCUUGAAACCAACGAUGAUAUAGGGGCAGAAAGUGAUUCGGACAUCUUAGACAGUCCAAAAGUGAAAAAUAUGAAGAAGGACACAUUAGUGUCUUGUUCCUCUGAGCAAGACACUGAUACCUCACAGUCGGACAUUGUACAGCUUUCCUCAACAAAGAAUUCAUCACAGCGAGGAUCCUCAGAAGAACCACCAAAGGCCCAUGGUGACCAUGUCGUUCCAGAAACGGUAAAUUCUCAGCCUAUGACAGACACUUACACAUCAUUUUCUGAUCAUUCCAACUCAGACUCUUCUACCGAACCCUUAGAAGAUAUGCAGACAAAAAAGACUCCUGAGAAAUCUGAGCAAAGUACUGCCGAACUGACUGCAGACCGGGUGAAUGGUGAGCCUUUUAGCAACAGUGAACCAGAGUUUAAUAAUGAUCAGGAUGACAGUGGGAAGGAGACUGUCCCCCAAAGCAGCGAACAAAAUGAAAACAUCAAGAUACAGGUGACUAAUGAAAAUGGCGAGGAUGUGGAUCCCAACACAGACACUGAAGUAAAUUCGCCAGAUCUUCCAAAUGGCGAUACAAACAAUCCUAUUAGUGAGGAAAAACACACUUUAAAUGACAAUAAUCCUGACACAGAAAUAUCUGAUCAUUAUGAAUCAGAUACUUUUCAAUCAGGUUCCAUGGAUAACAGCAUCAAUGAAUACAUUUCUCCCAGAGAUGUUGUGGAAAAUCAUAAUCCGUCUAUCCAGGAAUCUGUUGACCUUCUUAGUGCUAGCGACAGUAUAGAGGAAGUCAGUGAGAAUCUUGUAAGUGAGACACUAGAUGACGAAGCCAUUCACAGCAAUAGCAAUGAUAUCCAAGAAGACUUAAGCAGUUCUUCAGUACAAGAACAAUAUGAAAUAAUCGGCUUUACUUCCAAUGGAAAAGAAAUGCUACUGGAAAGUGGAUUCAUCGACUGUGAUGACCCAAGUUUGCUGCCAGAACCUCUCAGCAUCAACUGCGAUGAGAUAUCUCCAACACUCAUUCAGACGAGCAGAGGUGAGGUGAACGAUGCGGAAGCAAACGAAGAACUAGCUGAAAAAGAUUUGAAUUUGCAGUUACAUAACCAGUCAGUUCAGCAGACAUGUCCUACUUCUACCCUAGAAAAGGAAGAGACAGAAAAUGAAACUGCAGAAGCAGAAACAAGUGAAAUUACAGUAAAAGCUGAUGGUGAUGCAGAAGUGCCAAAUACGGACAUGACCAAUUAUUUUACAAAUGAGAGUGAACUUCAAACAUCAGAUAAUACUCAAGAAGAUGCAAGGCAAAGCGUAACUGAAAAUGUGAAUGACGUUAAUGUGGAAGAAACUAAGAAGGAAAACGCAGAAAACACCUUAGACGAAAGUGAACCACCAGACACCGAGAUAGACAAUGAAGAGUUGAGCGAUGGCACAGAUUCCUGGGAUCGCGUGACUGUAGUGAGAGUAUCUUCAGGCAGCACAUCGGAGAGCAGGAAUGACACUCCAGAUAUUGACAACGAAGGUACAGACACCUUGCAAUCGUCUGCCGAGGAAGGCUCUAGGAGCAAUGUCUGUCAGGAACCCCCAUUAAGCCCUCAGGACCUUACAGCAGAUGCCUUUAGUGCAACAGAUGCAAGUCUUUUGGAUGAAAUUUUCCGCAACGCAAGUCCCCAUGAUGGCAACUGCUCUCCUGUGGACGAGAGCAGCUCCGGUCUCUCGACCAUCGAAGAGGACGACGACGAGCACCUGGAAUAUGCCCAAGACGAUGAUCCGAACCCACUUCUUGAGGACACUGUGGUUGGGGAACAAUCUCCCCCAGCAGACACGAAACUACAUGAGGAAGAAAACAGGAAUGUGUCUACAGAGGAACUGCACAGGGAAGAGGACAAAAGUAUUUUAGUAGAAAAGGAGGAAGCACUGCUCUUGAAAAAUGAAGAUGAAACAAAUGAAGUGGAGAACAAAGAUGAAAUCGAAAAGGAAGAAAAUUGUAUUCUUUGUGGAGGUGAAAUUAUUGUAGCACAUGAUGAUGAAACUCUAAACGAUGAAGAAGAUAUUGUUACUGACGUAGCAGAAAGUUCUCUACUUAUAGUGGAUACAGAAACCCCAACUGGAAUGGAUGCAGCGGAAUGCAUGCCUGAAAUGGAAAAAGAAUAUGCUCAGGGUGAGGAUGUUAUUGUAACUGAUGGUUUUAAAGAAGUAAAUGCAAAUGAGAAGGAAGGGGAUAUAACAGACUUGGACGAAAAUGCCAGUGGCAAUACAGCUGAUGAAUUAAAGGAUACAAGUGUAACUGAGGGAGAAGCAGAUACAAAUACGACAAAAAAUAAUGAAGAGGUAACUUUAGAUGAGCAUGAAGCUAAUAUACACAGAGUUGAAGAAAAGUCUGAUGUGGCUGAAAAAGUGUUAGGUAUAGCCGAGACUGAUGAAAAGGCAGAUUUAUCCUUGGCUGAGGAAGGAGUAGACUUAAGUGUGGUAGAAGUUGAACACGAAACAUCUGUCGCUGAGGAAGAGGAAGACAUAGUUGAAAACGAAAAAGAAGACAUCGAUGAAACCGUGGAGAAGGCAGAGUUCAUCUUAGCUGAGGAAAAAACAGAUAUAAGUGUGGUUGAAGAAAAGGUAUCUUUAGCUGAAGAGGGAGAAAAUAAAGAUAGGACGGAAGUUAUUAUGGCUGAGAAAGGAACAGAUAUAACUGUUACUGAGGAAAAUGAAAAUAUUAUUGUGUCUGAUGGACUGGCAGAUGUAAAUGGGAUCGAAGGAAGCCUAACUAAGACUGAGGAGGUAGAAGAAGUAACCGAAGAUAAACCAAAUUCAUGUGCGCCAGAAGAUCGAACAAAUACAGCGGCGGAAGAAUUAGAUAUCAUUGUAGCUGAAGAAGAAGCACCUGUGGUCGAGGAAGAUGCUGAAGUAUCUAUCUGUGAGGAGAAAGUCGAUGAAGCUAAGGAGGAAUUAAAAAUUGAUGACGAAGUAGAAGAAACUGAAAUUAUCACUGAAGAAGAUAUAACUGUGGCUGAAGCUGUGGUAAAUUUUGCUGGGGAUAAAGGAGAGGUUUCACAAGCAGAAGAUGAAGCCGGAGUAACCAUAAUGGAGGAAGUGACAGAAGUUUCAGUGGCUGAGGACAUGAUACAAGUAACAGAAGAAACUCCAGUACCCGAGAAAGAGGCAGAGUUAACAAUAGACGAGGAAGUAGCAAAUGUUCUUUUGAGUGAGGGAGGAGAAGAAAGAGUAAUUGAAGAAAAUAAUGGCAAAGAUUCCGAAAUAAAUGAGGCCGAAGAAGUGGGAGUUACUCUGACAGAACAGGAGGCAGAAGCUUCAGUGAUGGAGAAAGGCACAGAUGGAGUAGCAAAUGUUUUUAUGGCUGGGGAAAGGGAGGAAGAGGAAAUAACUAUGGCUGACGAAGUAACGGAUGUUUUGAUGAACGAGGAAAAUGAAGAGGAAAUAACUAUGGCUGAUGAAGUAACGGAUUUGAUGAAAAAGGAAAAUGAGGAGGAAAUAAGUAUGGCUGACGAAGUAACGGAUCUUUUGGUGAAAAAGGAAAAUGAAGAGGAAACAACUAUGGCUGAUGAAGUAACGGAUGUUUUGAUGAAAGAGGAACAUGAGGAGGAGAUAACUAUGGCUGAUGAAGUAACGGAUGUUUUGAUGAAAGAGGAACAUGAGGAGAUAACUAUGGAUGAUGAAGUAACGGAUCUUUUGAUGAAAGGAGAAGAAGAGGAACAGGAAAUAACUAUGGCCAACGAAGUAGAUGUUUUCAUGGCAGAGGAAAACGAGGAAGAGGGAAUAAGUCUGGCCGAGGAAAUAACAGAGGCCACAGUAGACGAAGAAGAAAUUAGCUUAACUGAGGCUGAGGAAGGUACAGAUGCCAUUGUGGCUGAAGAGGAGGCAGAAAUUACUGUGACCGGAGAAAACCCUGCAAUCGUAGUUGAUGAAGAGGCAAAUGAAUUAGGAGAGCAAUCUAUCCCAAUAGAUGUGGAAGGCGACGAUGCAACAUUUUUUGAAGCCAUCGGAGGAAAUACUGAAUGUAAAGAGAAUGUAGAGGAGAUAGAGCACAGUCACCCCUGUUUAGAGGGAGGUACUGAAGUCUUAACUACGGACGGUGCAGAUCUUGGCGUAACAAAGGAUAUGCACGAUGUCGAUGAAGAAACGGUGACUGAGGAAAUGCCAGAAUCUAUUUAUGAAGAAGAAAUUGACAAAGACAAUGAUGAUGAUACAUUUUGUCUUUCAGUGGAUAGACAAAUCACCAAUAUUAAGGAGCCGCAAAACGAUGAACUGGAUCCAGAUAAAGAUAUCGAUGAAAGUCACGAUGAGAGUAUCGGCGAUCUAUUAGAAAACGACCAUGACCUGAUUGACAGAGACGAAGCAUCCAUAGCAUCCCACCAUGACAGCGAUGGGGGCGAGUCUCUGCUGAUGAGUGAUGCCACGCUGGACACAACGGAGCCAGAGACCAAGGCGGAGUAUGAGGAGAUCUUGGGCAGUGUUCUAGAAACGGAAAUCAAGGCAGAGUAUGAGGAGCUUAUAGGCAGCGAGAAGGAAACCAGUGAUAAAGACAUGUAUGAGGACAUGAUAGACAGAGUGGAAAGCAGCAUAGAAGAGAAGGUAUAUGUGACCGAUAAGAAGGUAUCAAGAAAUUUUAAUUCAUUUUUAAUGAAGUCGGGCGCAAGCAACGACAUGAAUCACACUAAAAUUAUGGAAAGUAGUGAUAUACAGCAUGCGCAAGCAGCUUGGGAGAAUGAUGGCGAACUCAAUGAAGGAAGUUCUAGUGAUCACACCAUCACACUAGGAAAUCAUGAUGACAAUGAUGGACUCUCUGACAAAGAGGAUUCCGCAGGAGCCCAUGAUGGUGACGAACAGGAGAGGAGUGGCAGUAAUUGGGCAGCAAGCGUCAGCCAAGCUGGUGAGCAGACUGAAUGCGAGGUAGGGUCGCUGAAUGUCGAUAGACAGGCUGAAGCCUGUGUUGAUGCCCCUUCGAGUGCUUCCUCUGAUGCCUCUCCUCGGGAAAGGAGCGAAGGAGACCACGGGGAGGCUGUGGCUGCUGCCAACUCGCCCUCAUCAGAUUCAGGUGUUGUAGAGAUGGCAGGGAAGACUGCACACUCGCCUUCAGAUGCUUCUGUAGAGGAAGUGGUUGCUGAAGAUCACAAUCCUCGCGGCCGUGACGCUCAGGAUUCUUCCCGUAGUGAAGAAUCUGUUCGCAGUGCACCGCCCAAUCGAAGGACUUCCAGUAAGCAGGCCAAGGAUCGAGCCAACCGAAUCACCAGUGGGCGCCGCCGCUCCUCUUCUGGCUGUGGUCGUGCUUCUCUGGAUGGUGGUGACGUCACGACCCUGCACGGCUGGACAACAUUCACAGCACCUGGAGAUAAUUCUGACAAUGAUAGCUCAAAGCCACGAAGACGUCACUGGGAAGCUCCUACGAGCGACAGUUUCCAGAAUCUCCCACCACAAGUGGACAGCGAUGGAGCCUCCCUGAGCAGACACCGAAUGGUCCAAGAAUACCUGGACAGUCUUCAAAACCACCAAAUAUCCAAGGACGGGUCACCUCGUUGCACAGUGGGAAGCGGUCCCCACUCAAUCAACGAUUUUCCGACAGACAACGUGAGUGAAUUGGACACCUCAGACUCUGGGGACAUGAGUUACUCAGAACGGCUGCUGCGUGUCCUUGAGAGCCGUAGAUCCCGGCGUCAUCGCCCUCGCUCUUCCAACAUCGACGGGGAGGACACGCCUACUCGGUAUCGACCCUCUGCCCUCAGUGCCCUGGACGUCUUUCUAACAACGUUGUCGCGGUACCGAGGGGGGCAGCAGUUUGAAGGCGACCCUCCUCGGGAUCCGACCCCUCCACCUCUCCCUCAGGAUAGCGAGGACAACGUGACGGUGCAAGUGAAAACUGGGCCGCGGCAGCACGAUGUCCGCGUCAGCUCAAGACGCCAGGUGCGCCUCGUGGUCAACGUGGGAAACCCCACAAGAGCCUCCGACUCGGGCUGUGUGGCUGACUCGUCGCAAUCGGAACGCAAAGUCAAGCGCACAGGGCCCGUGGGUGGAGGCUCACCUACAGGCCGCAGGCGCCCCACGAGAAAUGUGAGCGAGACCCGAGCUCCUGGCCACGCCCGAGCCAAUGCAGCAUCUGACCCUGAGGUUGAUCAGCUACUGUCUGACGUGAGAGAAUACCUCAACAAAAAACUCAGCAGACAAAGCGGCGCAGAGGAGAGCGGGGACCAGGCGCCACCAGACGGUAUCGUCGUGGAAGGCAAUAACAUUGAAAAGUGUUUCACGGAACGACCACCAGGGGGUGGACGGGCCAGACUUUAUCCAAAACAUCGGCCGAAGCAAGACGAACGGAGACAAAGAAUGGCUGGAGAUCCCAAGCAGAAGGAGAGACAGAGGAUCCAGCAGUCGAUUCAUGCCAUAAACGCGCUUCUGAAGCAAUAUUCCUGAGAUCUUUGCCGCUUCAGAGAGCAAUGACCGUCGCCGAUAUGUCUGAAAAAAAAAAACACAUACUGGAUACUUUUAACUUUGAAACUUGCUCUCCGUCCAGGCUUAACAACGUCUCCAGCCUCGCUUAGUGAAACUGAAGUAUCUAGCGCGAGAGGUUUCGCCGGCUGCCUCGAUGGGGUUCACAAUACCUUCUGGGGCUUAACUUUAUAUACUCAGUAAACUCGAUUGAUGACAUGUAAAUAAGAGAUGUGGAUAUGUGUAUAUAUAAAUUAAAAUAUAUCCGUCCCAUUAUAUACACUAUAUACUGUACUGUAGGAUAUAUUCAUACGGAACAUUGUGUGUAUGUGUGCAUACACACAA